GCAAGCGACACGACAAUUCUCAGUCAAUCCCCGCAUGUACUACAACUCUGUAGACUAUGACUGGAGAGAUCGUCUCAAGUAACCAAUUAAAGUCGGACCGAAAGAUUGGGCUCCACGUUGUGCGAAUUAUUAACCAUCUAAAUUCAUAUUGCCCUCCAGACAUGCGGAUGUUGAGCCUGAUAACUGUUAGGGCCGAGACCAUCCCAUCUGUGUGCUAUAGCACAUGCAAUAAUGCAGUUGUUGAAGCACAGAGGGUUGGCAGAGUGCCAAGUCUGUGUGCGGCUGACUCUGAUUAUACGAAAUACCGCGAUUCGUGUAAAACAUGCAUAGAAUCCAAUCAGGGCAAUUGGACUGAGGUAUUAUCUGGCACCCCAUUGCUUACCUAUUGUGAUUCGGAAGAACCGAGCACAAUUCCUACGCCUUCAUCAACACCAAACUCGUCACCUUCGACAUAUACUUCUUAUGAUGUUGUGACACGGACAUAUCCAUGACACAACAGUAAACGGAGGAGUUACAACAACCUGGCUAUUUUCCACUGUAUUCACGAAAUUUGCGCCAAUCCCGGCAACUACAGUUGUCUUAACUACAACGGAGGUUGAUAGAGGGCCAACGACAUUGAGUUUUACAACAACUUAUCUGCAGAUUGCAGAUGACUGGACAACGAGUAUCGGAAACCGAAACAGUACUCGGAAUCCUACUAGCAGUGGUAAACGACUUGUGUUCAAAUAUUUCCAAAUUGUAAUAACAUCACUGGCUAUUUUGUAGCGACAAGUACUCUC